CUUAUUUUCUUUGCGGAAUUUUCUCCUACUUCCUACCAAGUCGUCGAAGAUUUCGCCUUGCAAGAGCCACCCGGUGUGUAUGUGCAAUGUGCGCCUUGUAAAACGUGGAUUUUGCGACCUGCACAGACGUAAUUAAUAACAUACAUAUCAAAAGUAUCGAGAGAGAUGCUUUCGCUGCUUAUUUUAGUUUCUUUUAUAUCUCGGUCUUCGUAUGACACAAACUAAAAAUCGAAUCGGUUGAAUUGUGGCAAUCGGAUAAUUUAAAUAUCUAUUUAUUAUAACUUGUUCGUGAAAAUAUCUUUCAACGAAAUCGAACUCCGUCAUCUCAGUUUUAACGUUACUAUAAAUGGCGGAUACUAUAUCGAAGAUGUCAAUUAAUCACAACAAUGGAAUAAACGUUACGCACGUGGCCGAGAAAGAUUGCGACGUCGAGCGCGGUGAGGGCCGUUUCGUAGGGGUAUCCUCGGUGUCGGCGUCGACGUCGCCGUCGGUCCCGGCGUUGGCAUCGGCGCCGGCACCGCUGCACGAGAGCAACGCCAACAGAUGUGACGCGUCGAGGGCAACGUCCGGAGUGGGGCGCGUAGCGAACGCACCAUCAGGUACGCACCAGGACGCCUAUCAGGCUGCACGUGCCAGCGGCGCGAGCGUGAGCGCCAACCGAGCGGUACCGAGAUCGGAGGAAGAUUCCGACGCGAGUGGAAGUCGCUGGGCGGCAAUCGGCCGGUUUCUGCAACGCCUGACUGUCGUUAUGUUGCUCCUGGCAGUUGCGGCCGCUGUGGUGGCCGCAAUAGUGAUCUACAUGGGCCCGAUUUAUCUCGUCCAACUGGUCAUAGUGGCCUCCGUCGCCUACUUUGUCGCCGGUGGCCGCCUCAAAUGGUUCUACGUUGCCCUUAAGACUGCACCGCGUGACUGCAAAGGACUUCUCGGAUAUAUUAGAAUGCUGUGGUCAGUACAUUGUCACGAAAAGAAAAACAGAAACAUCGCCGAUGUAUUUAGACAACACGUCAGUCGUCAUCCUAAUAAAAUCUGUUUCAUAUGCGAAGAUAAAGAAUGGACUUUCCAACAGAUAGAGGAUUUUAGUAACAAAAUCGCGACGAUAUUUAAAACACAUGGGUACAAGAAAGGAGACACGGUUGCUUUACUGUUGGAGAAUCGUCCGGAAUUCGUUGCGAUUUGGCUAGGCUUGACCAAACUUGGUGUGAUAACGUCUUUGAUUAACACCAACCUGCGUAAAAACAGUCUCCUGCAUUGCAUCAAUAUCGCCAAGUGCCAAGCGCUUAUAUAUGGCAUCGAAUUUUUUGACGCUGUGGCAGAUAUCGCCCCAUCGAUGGAUGCUAAAUCAACGUUGUACAGAUUCGGAAAUCACUCGAAUACAAUGUCAAUUGGAUUAAAAGAGAAAGAUUUGAAUGCCCUGUUGGCGGACACACCUGCUACACCACCGGGAGUGCAAGAAAAAAGUGGCUUCCACGAUAAGGUCUUGUACAUUUACACUAGUGGUACUACGGGUCUUCCCAAGGCGGCUGUUAUUACUAAUUCAAGAUAUGUCUUUAUCACGAGUUCAGUAGAGUAUCUGGGAUACUUGCGCAAUUCUGAUAGAAUAUACACACCUUUACCGUUGUACCAUACGGCUGGUGGCGUAAUGGCUAUAGGGCUCACCUUGAUAUAUGGACACACGACAGUGAUUAGGAAGAAAUUUAGCGCCAGCGCGUACUUCGCCGACUGUAAGAAAUACAAAUGCACCGUCAGCCAGUACAUAGGAGAGAUGUGUCGGUACAUUUUGGCGGUGCCACCUAAGAAGGAGGAUCACGAGCAUAGUGUUAGAGUGAUUGUUGGCAACGGGCUAAGGCCGCAGAUAUGGAGGGAAUUUGUAAAACGAUUCAACAUUGCACAAGUGCUCGAGUUUUAUGGCGCGACUGAAGGCAACUGUAAUGUCAUGAACAUUGACAACAAAGUAGGAGCAAUAGGUUUCUUUUCAAGAAUUAUCCCGAAGGUAUAUCCCGUUUCUCUUAUUAAAGUAGAUGAAGAUGGGGAACCUAUACGCAACUCUAAAGGACUGUGCCAAGUCUGCAAACCAGAUGAACCUGGCGCUUUUAUCGGAAAGAUCUCACCAAACAAUCCAACGAGAGCAUUUUUAGGAUAUGUAGAUAAAAAAGCAUCUGAGAAGAAAGUAAUUUACAACGUUUUCACGAAAGGUGAUUCCGCCUUUUUGUCAGGGGACAUUCUUGUUGCCGACGCAUUUGGGUAUUUAUAUUUUAAAGACAGAACGGGAGACACGUUUAGAUGGAAAGGAGAAAACGUGUCGACUUCUGAGAUCGAAGGCAUAGUCAGUAAUCUUAUCAGUUAUCGAGAUUGCAUAGUAUACGGUGUGGAGGUUUACGGUGCUGAAGGGAGAGCAGGAAUGGCGGCGAUUUACGAUCCAGAUGGAACAUUGGAUUUAAAUAAAUUAACCAUCGACGUUAAAGAACAAUUACCUCCUUAUGCCAGGCCACAAUUUAUCAGGAUUUUGUCGAAACUUGAUCUCACAGGAACAUUCAAAUUGAAGAAGAAAGAUCUCCAAGAAGAAGGAUACAAUCCACACAAAGUUGAAGACAAACUAUAUUACUUAAACACGAAGCUUGGCUACCAGUUAUUAACGUCAGAGCUUUAUGAUCUAAUUCAACAAGGGAAGAUCAAGCUUUAAAUGUGUUAUCCGGGAGAAAGUGCAAACACACCAUGGCAAUAAUUGAUACUUUACGAAGUAAUUAAGCAGAAUUGCAUGACAUCGACGCAUCUCAGUGGUUUGAAACUUAGUCGUAUUUUGCACCAAGCUUUUGUUCCGUCUGCUGAAUCUGUAGGCAUGACAUAGUGAUAAUAUAUUCAUAGAAAUUGAGGGGAUCUAUCAAACGAUAUGACAACGGGUGGAUGAUAAUGUAAAGUAUUAUAUAAAAACGUAGAUGUUGUAAUCUGGAUAUAGCUAAAAAUUGUUGAAGCCGUUUGUACAGGUAGGUUCCUCUUGAAUAUGUGAUUAAUGAUUUACGAAAUAUGUUUCUUUCACUUGUGCUCUGUACGUUUUAAUAUAUCACUUCAGGUUCUUCUAUUUUAAUACAGCACUUUUUAAAAUAUGGUUCACAUUCAGUUAUAUCCAGAUCAUAAUGUCGCUGUAUACGAUUCACGUUAAUGUUUGUAUUGUUUUAUAAAAAAAGUUGGAAAUAGAUUUUUAUAUUACAAACAA